AUGUGUCGCCUGCCAGUGGCUUCACUCUUCAUUUGUUUCUGGUUGGUGGAGAGAAGCCACUGUAACGGCAGCCUUCAGGACAGCAUGGGGGAGCUGCACACCAGGUUCGCUGUCAGCCUCUAUCAGACGCUCAUCGAGACAGAGAACAACUCCAACCUGAUCGUGUCACCAGUGAGCGUCUCCUUGUCUCUGGGGCUGCUGCAGCUCGGUGCCAGGGGCAACACACUGGCUCAGCUGGAGGGAACACUCGGAUACAAUGUGAAGGAUGCCCAGGUACAGGACUUCCUGUUGCAUUCACAGAGUGACAUGAGCAACACCAGCCAGGGGAUGUGGCUGCAGCAGACCUGCACAUUAUUCGUCCAGAGCGGCGUCCAGCUCCUGACUGACUUUACACAGCAUGCAGCAGCCUGGGCCAACACCAGCGUUGUCCGAGCCAACUUCAGCCAGCCCAACCACAGUCGCGGCAAGCUGGAGCGAGCUGGACACAAUCACGGUAAGCAAGACAGCUUUCUAAAACACAGCGGGGAGCUGUCGGGCUCAGGCGAGGCCCAGGCAGAGGCCCUGUGGUGGGGACACCGGCUGCAAAUGGCCCUGGUCAACACAGUGGCCUUCAGGGGCGUCUGGCAGAAACAGUUCUUGUUCACCAACACCCAGAACCUGCCCUUCACCCUCUCUGAUGGGAGUGCCAUCAAGGUGCCCAUGAUGUAUCAGGCUACAGAGGUCAGCUUUGGUCAGUUCAGGACAGCAUCAGAUCAGCGUUACACCGUGUUGGAGCUGCCGUACCUGGGCCACUCCCUGAGCCUGCAGGUGGUCCUGGCCAGCGAGAGGAAGACGCCGCUGUCCUCCCUCGAGUCCCAGCUCACCGCUCACCAGCUGGCCUCCUGGGACACCGGCCUGCGCAGAACCAAAAUGGACAUCUUCCUACCCAGGUUCAGAAUGCAGAACAAGUUCAAUCUGAGGUCAGCGCUUCCAGCCAUGGGCAUCAGUGAUGCCUUUAACCCGACAGCAGCUGAUUUCACUGGAAUAUCAGUGGAGGAGAGUCUUUACGUGUCUGAUGCCUUCCAUGAAGUGAGGAUAGAAGUCACAGAAGAUGGGACAAAGGCAGCUGCUGCUACAGCUAUGGUGCUACUCAAACGAUCCCGUGCACCUGUUUUCAAGGCCGACCGGCCAUUCUUAUUUCUGCUACGACAGAUUAACACAGGAUCCAUCUUGUUCAUGGGCCGAGUGAUGAACCCAACAGACCAAGCACCCUAGGCUCAUAUACCUAAACCACGCUCACACACAAUCCUAC